AUGAGUGCUCAUGUUGAAGCAGUUAGCCUGGACGGAAAGUCAGAUUUAGCAUCUCAUGUCCUUUACACUUCGUUUGCAGUCAUUUCGACUUCCGAUUACGCUGCAUUAAUCCAGUUCUACAAGAAACUCGGAUUUAGAAUUGUGAAAACUUAUUCUAAAGACCACUACGUUUCCAGCAGUAAAACCAUCUCCGGUAUCUCGACAGAUUCAAGAAAAGAAUGCUGGUUGGAGUCCUUUCCUUGCAGCAGAACAGACACCAAGGGAAAUCUAAUUCCUUUCCAAGAAACAAUUGAGUAUUCACAUCCGGAGCUUUCUUCCUCUCAAGCUUGUAUGAACAGAGGCGUUGUCUUAAAAGUGAGAUUGGUUUCUCAUGAUGUUCACAAAAACAUUGAACUACCAGGAAGAAUCGUCCUUUUGACUUAUUCAUUAGAUUCUGUCAAGAAAAUUGCAGCCAAAGAAAAUCUCGAAAUCAUUCAACCUUCAGACGCAGAAAAAUCCGUGGUCAGCUUUUUCCUAAAAGAUCCAGUGGGAAACUUGAUUGGAUUUACAAAUAAGCCUUUGCCAGACUCUGGGUCAACCAUCACUUCAAAGGAUGAGUAUUUCACGAGUAAGGCGGUCAUAGACUCUUUGAAAGAAAAAGAGGCCGAGGUUGACACCCGAACCAAAAAUUCAAAAAAGAGAAUCGCUGUUCUUACCUCUGGUGGUGACUCACAAGGUAUGUGUGCUGUUGUGAGAGCAGUUGUUAGAGCUGGGAUUUACUUGAACUGUGAAGUCUUUGGUUGUUACGAAGGUUACUCGGGUUUGGUUCAGGGUGGUAAACUGUUAAAGAAGCUGGAGUGGGGAGAUGUUAGAGGUUGGCUAUCACUGGGCGGUACCCUUAUUGGUACGGCGAGAUGUAUGGAAUUCAGGGAACGUGAAGGUAGAUUAUCGGCUGCCAAAAACAUGAUUCUGAGAGGUAUUGAUGCGUUGGUGGUCUGUGGUGGUGAUGGGUCAUUGACCGGUGCCGAUCUAUUCAGAUCUGAGUGGCCUGAUUUGGUUAAAGAACUUGUCACAAACGGUACUUUUACCGAUAAGCAGGUAGAGCCUUACAGAAACUUGACGAUCGUUGGCCUUGUCGGUUCAAUUGAUAACGAUAUGGCUAUGACCGAUCAUACAAUUGGCGCCUUUUCAUCUCUCGAAAGAAUUUGUGAGAUGGUCGAUUUCAUUGACUCGACGGCAGCAUCCCACUCAAGAGCUUUCGUUGUCGAAGUUAUGGGGAGAAACUGUGGUUGGUUGGCAUUAAUGGCAGGUAUUUGUUGUGGAGCCGAUUAUAUCUUUAUUCCUGAAAGACCUGCUAAGGCCGAAUCCUGGAAACAAAGCUUGAAAGAAAUUUGUUUGAGACACAGAGCAAAGGGCAGAAGAAAGACUACUGUCAUCGUUGCUGAAGGUGCCAUCGAUGACAAUCUGCAAAAAAUUACAUCGGAGAAUGUUGAAGAGUGUUUAGUUGAAAUGGGAUUGGACACCAGAAUUACGCAACUAGGACACGUUCAAAGAGGUGGUACGGCUGUGGCUUUUGAUAGAUUUUUAGCCACUGUUCAAGGUGUGGAAGCAGUGAAGGCAGUUUUGGAAAACACACCAUCUACUCCAUCUCCAAUGAUUGGUAUCUUGAACAACAGAGUGGUGCGUAGACCUUUGAUGGAAGCUGUCAAAUUGACAAAGUCGGUAGCAACGGCUAUUUCCGAGAAAAGAUUUGACGAUGCUAUGGGUCUGAGAGACUCUACUUUCAAGGAAUACUACUCUAACUUUUUGAGUAUCUCACAAGGCGAUGACAAUCAAAAUCUACUACCUGAAAGCAAGAGAUUGAAGGUGGCGAUUAUUCACGUCGGCGCUCCAACAGCAGCCUUAAAUGCUGCAACCAGAGCUGCUGUUCUUUAUCUCUUAUCCAAGGGACACGAAGCAUAUGGUAUUCAGAACGGGUUCACCGGCCUAAUCAGACAUGGGGCUAUCAGGCCUUUAAGCUGGAUUGAUGUUGAGGAGUGGCACAAUUUAGGUGGUUCCGAAUUGGGCACCAACAGAAGCUUACCAUCUCUGGACAUGGGUGCAGUUGCAUACCAUAUGCAGGCGAACCACAUCCAAGGCUUGAUUGUCAUUGGAGGUUUUGAAGGCUACCAAGCAGUCAAAGAGCUAAGAGAUGCAAGAGAACAAUAUCCUAUUUUGAGCAUGCCUAUUGUUUGCUUGCCAAGUACCGUUUCAAACAACGUUCCAGGCACGGAGUACUCAAUUGGCUCGGACACGUGUUUAAAUGUGUUGGUCAACUAUUGUGAUGCUGUCAAACAGAGCGCAUCUUCCUCUCGUCGCCGUGUUUUUGUCAUUGAGGUACAAGGUGGGAACUGCGGGUACAUUGCAGCAUUCUGUGGCUUGGUCACAGGAGCAUUGGCGGUCUACACGCCGGAGGUGAAGGUCAACCUCAAGUCUAUCCAGGAAGACAUGGAUCUUUUGGAGAAGUCGUAUGCCAAUGAUCACGGAGACGAGAGAUCGGGUAAGAUUUUUAUCAGAAACGAGAAAGCCUCCAAAGUAUACACGACGGAGUUGGUUGCCAACAUUAUCAAGGAGGCUGCCCACGGCAGAUUUGAAAGCCGUACAGCGAUCCCAGGUCAUGUGCAGCAAGGUAAGAUUCCUUCAAGUAUGGACCGGAUUUCAGCCGUUAGGUUUGCAAUCAAGGCGUGCCAGUUUAUCGAGGAAGAUAACGAGGAGACCGCAGCGAAAAUUACCAAUGCAGACUUCUUCAAGGCGGAAAAAGACCUCAGAUAUACGUACAAGCACGGCAAGAAACUUGAGAUUGCGAAGGGGCAGAAUGCUGUUCUGUGUUCGAUCCAGGGGACGUCUGUCUGCUUUAAGGACAUUGAAAAGGUGUGGAACGAGCAUACAGAUGUUGUGGGGCGAAAAGGGUUGGACAUGCACUGGGAGCUACUCCCUGUGAUCAACGACAUGUUGAGCGGAAGGUUAAUGAUCCGUGAAAACAAGCCUGGCUUGUCCUAG